AUGAAACUCGCAGUCACAAUAUUGGCAUCAAUCCUGUUUGCUUGCUCGGUUACUACAGCCAUCCCAGUCAAUCCCAGUGCAACUACAAGUGCUGAAGCUAGCACUUCAACCGUCACUCCCAGUGCACAAACUACACCUUCAAUUGAUCUUAGUAGACUUUCAGAUGAGGAUAUGAAUCUGAUCAAAGAAUACGCAAAGAUGAAGAAAAGUCGUGACAAUGCAAAGGAAACGUAUGACUUGAUACAACCUAAAGCACUUGCUCAAAAAAAAUUGUUAGACUGGCUGGAUGAAGAAUAUGAACAGUUGCUACGUAAAUUUCAGACUAGCGAGGGUCAUUCAAAGCACAGCGAAAAGCUCAACGAACUUGAACAGAAACUUAAACAAGAACGAAAAACUCUUGAUGAACUUGAAAUAAAGCAGCAUAGUUCCGGUUUUUUAAAUCUUAAUUGGAUAUUAGGUAAAAUCAAAUCACAACUUCUAGAGUGCUUGUUCAAGGGAAAUAUGAAUCAACCAUUCGAAUAUUACACGAUAUUUUUGGAAUCAGAUCCCAAGUUUUUGGAACUCGUCAGUACAUUUGGCAAUUCCACACCAAGCCAACAGCCGGGAUCCGAGCAACCAUCUACUAGUGGAACCCAGAACCAAUCAAAACAUCAUAAAAGUUCAUCAUCAUCAAGCAAAACGUCUACAGUUUCAGUUCAGCCCAUUCAAACAUCAUCCAGUACACAGGCAGCUUUGUCCAGCACACAAAGGACUUCCAGAUCCAAUUCUCGACUUUUUGGUUUGUGGGGAAGUCCCAAAUCUUCUCGUGUAUAUGACACUCCCAAAUCUAAGAAUGAGCUCAAAUCAUUUUUGGAUUCGCCUAAUCCUAACGAUUCAGAUGAAUCAGAUGAUGAAUCAUCCGUUUGA